CAUUUUCUGUUAGGCAAUACAGACCUCGCCAUGAAGACAUUUAUUCUUUUAGUGUGCAGCCUGGCUUUGGCCAGUGCUUCAAUUGACCUGUCCAGCGUAAAGCGCGUUGAGGAGUUGGAUGCCUUCUGGGAGCAACUGGAUCCACAGCUGCAGAUGUUGCGGCCGAUCAAAUCGAUUCCCGAAAACAGAAUCGUGAACGGUGCUGAAGCCCGGCCCGGGCAGUUCCCGUACCAGGCGCUGGUGCUUAGUUUCUUCGAGGGAGACAACUCUGGACUGUGUGGUGGAACCGUGUUGACGAAUAACUUUGUGCUGACUGCUGCCCAUUGCGUUCAAAUCGGAACCGUCGCCACACAUGGAACGGUUGUCCUCGGAGCUCACAACCGUCAACACGUUGAACCUCAUCAGCAGCGCAUCGAAUUCGCCUCGAUCCACAUCCACCCCAGCUAUAUUGCGACGUUACUUCGAAAUGAUAUCGCCACCGUUCGACUGGCUCAAGUAGCGGUCUUCAACGAUUUUGUUCAACCGAUCGAUUUACCUGCACUGUCCGACACCAGAACCUUUGCUGGGCUGACGGGCAUCAUAUCUGGAUUUGGACGGACCUCGGAUGAAGCGACUGGGGCGUCGGAUGUGGUCAUGUACUCGAGCAAUCCUAUUCUGACCAAUGCCGACUGUCAGGCAGCUUGGAAUGCGAUCAUCAUCCAAGCGCAGAAUAUUUUCUUGUCUGGUGCUGGUGGCCGUUCCGUUUGUAAUGGUGACUCGGGUGGUCCACUUGCCGUCCAGGACAACGGUCGCAGCCUGCAGGUUGGCAUUGCAUCGUUUGUCCAUGCCACUGGAUGUGCAUCCGGUAUGCCGUCUGGAUUUGUGCGGGUUUCGCACUAUCUGCAAUGGAUCGCCGAAAAUUCGGACGUUGCCUUGAGACAGUAGGAAUAUUAGGAAUUAAUUUAGGUAUGCAUGGUAAUAAAAAUUAAAAGCUGUGAAUGAAUCAAACAGUCGAUUUUU